AUGACAUUUGAUGCUGAAGACGUAGAGGAAGACAUGGAAGACCACAACGAUCCUUUGGUCCUCACAUUGCCCUUAGAGGGAUGCAAUGUCAAGAAGAUUCUGAUUGACGGAGGAAGUUCAGUCAACGUUCUGUUUUAUGAUACGUUCAAACGAAUGGAACUGAACGAUGAGAAACUGAUGCCCUCUUACUAUACCAUUUAUGGAUUCAACGGUGCACCAACGAAGCCUCUAGGAGACAUUGUGUUAGAAGUAAAGGCAAGACCAAUGAAAGUCGAUACCCGAUUCAGUGUGGUAUACGCUCAUUCUCCCUAA